CCUCAUAAUAAUUAUGAAUAUCUGUUUCAGAAGAAUCAAACUGCAGUCAAAUGCCUUCAUAUGAACUCCAAGAGUAGCUCUUUUCAGCUCGAAAUCUUCAUCAAACCUCACAGAUGAUCAGAAAUUCGAAAGAAUUUUAGACUACACUAUCAAACAUUUCCCAAUUCGAUGAGGGAACACUCGCAAAGUUCGUUCAAAUCUCUGGUUCUUCGAGAGAAGAAAGUUAGAGAAACAGAUUUUAUUGGGUAAUAAAUAAGAUUCCUCCUUUCCUAUUCGCGUACAGGGAACUCAUUAGAGGAAUUAAAGAGGGCAAUGUAGGAAAUGUGCUGGCUCGCAAUGUUAGUUCCUAAGCUCAGGGAAUGUAUAAGAGACAUCGAUCGAUUAGGGGGGAGAAUCUACGUUGAGGACGAAGACAUCCGGAUGAAAUACACAAUAAUAGACUGUAAGAUCCUCACGGAAGAUGAUCUUGACCUCUCCAAAAGUGAGCCAAGCAGUGGGACCAAGAAUGAUAUUUAUAAAUCAAGCCAACCCAAGGUCUCUUCCAGACAAAACUUUGAUCAAUUAUUUAAGGAAAGAACUCAAGUCCAGAAUAAAGAUAUUGAUGGCUUCGAAGCCUACCAGCAGAUCAAGGAUGAUCUCUAUAAGCCAAAAGGGUACCAGCAUGGGCACCAGAGUGAGGAUAUCACUGAAGAUGAAGAACUCAAGCGCCAAAUUAUUACAAGUAUGAUGUCCCGAGAGAAUCAAGACGAUAAGGAAGUUAAGAAGAUGAAAAUUGAUUUACAGAUUUCGUCUAAUUUAAGAGUUUCAGUUGCGUUAAAAGACUCAGAUGAUCCUAGAUAUGUGAUUGGAAAUCCAAUGAAUGCUCCAUUCCUAACUGAGCACCAUGUGAUUUCUUUCGAGAGGUAUAUUAACAUGCCUCCAAAGAUGAGAAUGAAGAAGAUGAGAGAGCUUAAGAGAGGGGUUAAAGAUAAAAAUGCUGUAGAAUCUGUAAAUCCCUGGCUGAUCUCAGAUAUUGACUAUACCUUUGAAAUGUGGAAGAAAUCAAAUCAGUAA